AUGACAUUUGACUACCGAGUUCAGGUCAUCUGCUCCUCUCCCCCGCAAGGGGAGACCAAAGCCUUUGUCCUUCCCCAUUUGAAAUCAGACUUUGCUCACAUUGAGCUGAGCUUGCAGAUCCUCAGUAAGGUUCUGGAGGUCCAGCCUGAUUCAGAGGAACACUGGCUUAAGUCCUGCUACCCCUUCCUGCUCCUUCUGGGCCUCUGCAAGCUCCUGGAUGGCUACACAAAGUACUGGCACCGGUUCAGGGACCAGCACUGCCCUUCGCUGGAGACCAAAGACCUGAUUGCCACCACCAAUCUCCUAGAACUGGAAGGGACCUUGAAAGGAUUGAACUCACAACCCUGGCUGCCCCCCUCCCCAGAAGUGUGGAUCCAGUCGCUGGCGUGGCUGCACCGGAAGGUUGAGCUGCUGGGCUGGACUGUUGGUCUCUGGCUGAAGAAGCUUUUCGGGGAUCACUUUAAGAACAAAGUCCCAGCUACCCUGUUUCAAAUUUGCAAGCUCUCAGAGGACGAGUGGACAUCCCGCCCCGUCCUGGUAUAUGGGGCAGGCAGCGGGCUCCUGGCCUGGAUGGAGUGCUGCUGCAUAUCCACGGCGCUGAGGGAACAAAUGCUCUCUCUCCUCACCAUUGAUGUGGACAACCCAGAAGAAGUCAACUUGUUCAGCAAAGGGUUCCUGGUGGUCCUGAUACAGGUCCUUCCGUGGUGCAGCCACAGCGAAUGGAAGAGACUCAUGCAGGUGAUUGAAAGCCUGCUGCAGAGGCAGGUCCUUCACGUACCUUAUACUCUGGAGUACGUGCAGUACAUGCCACUGCUCAACUUCAAGCCUUUUGCCCAUUAUCUCCAGUUCUCUGUGCUCUUCUUGAGAGGAUUCCAGCUGCUCUGCAGCUCCAGCUGCUCCAGCUGGCUGCCGGCAGAAGCCUGGCAGCACGUGGUGAGACUCUACAGCAACAGCCUCACUGACCUGCUGGGCUCGGUCAAGAGGGAUUCCCUCUCUCACUGGCACUCUGCCGACGACAAGAACCCCUUGUCCUUCAUCUACAUCCAGGUGUUCUGCCAUGUGCUGCACGUGGCGGCCAUGCUGCCAGAUGGCCGCUCCGGUGAGCCGCUCCUGGUCCUGGCCUUGGAGAUCCUCUCACAGUAUGAAACGCUCAGUGCCUCCGACAAGUCCCUGAGCAGCGCACUCAGGAAAGCCAAUGAGAAGCACUUCCUGGAGUCCAUCACCGACAACGUCAGCAAUAAGUUGCUCCAGGCCAUGCUCUUGCAGAAGCUGAGCAAGCUGUGA